AUGGCUGAAGUCGAAGCUUGGCAGACGGUCCUCGUCUCGCUCUUAGUCAUCUGCGCCUUGAUAGGCGGCAGCUACGUUGCCUACGAGCAGGGCAUGCUGGAUCCACUGAUUGAGAAGCUCGGUGUCAUGAUGUUCAAAGCCAAAGCCAAGGCAGAACAAGAGAAAAUGGAAGCUCAGGGCAAAGACUACAUGGACUCGCAACUCAAGGGCAACAAGCAGGCUUCCGAGGUCUUGUCGGGAGACGGUCCCAUUGGGUCAUUGAAGAAACAGCUGUAA